AUGAAUGAACCAAUAAAUAAUAAAAAUAAAAAUUCUAUAGCGGAGAGCUCGGCUAAACAGAGCUCCAAAUCUUCGGACACUAAAUGUCCAAAUAAGGUACCUACCGCGACUUCCAGUGGUAAUAAAAAGGUGCCUUCAAAUAAUAAUAAACAAAACGUAUCGAUACGCUCCGGACCACUAAUUCGGUCAGGCCCUCCAGGGAGGAGGAGUUACAAGGAACGCCGAGCGGCGACUAGACUGCUCGAAAGAUACGGCAAUAUUUCGGUUACAUCCGAAUCUAUGAAGGCCAGGAUUGCCUGGGCUAAGCAGGUCCUCGAUACCUCGAAGGACAAGCAGGAACCUGCUACGAAGCGACAGCGCUCAUUAGAUGAGUCAGCUUCAAAACCUGAUGCCAAAAAGGCAAAAUUUCGUGGCAACGCCACAAAUACAAAAUCCUUUAGCGACAUGCUGAAGGGUUCUUUAAUAAUGGGAGUCAUUGAUGAAAAUGACCCGGAUGGCACAAUUACUCCUGCUAAGUGGGACUUAAUUGAGCUCAAGCUCCUUGACAUUUAUGUCGAUCUCCUGAAGGACUUUCCUGGAGACGGUCCCACUUGUCGCGAUAGUGGAUGGCAUCAGGGCCAUGUGAAACUUAUCGCCUGCGCAGAUCAGCGUUCUGUUGAUCUUUUUCGCAAAGCCAUUUCCAGAAUUGGUGAGGCAUGGCCAGGCGCCAAACUUAAGGUUGUUACUAAGGAGCAAAUCCCUAGUCGACCAAGAGCGCGUUCCUGGAUACCAGCCCAUCAGUCCGAUCCUCAGCGGAUUCUGGAACUUAUUCGGUUAGGAAACCGUCAGUUAAACACAUCAACGUGGAAGAUUACCAAGCUGGAGGAAGUCAAGGGUAAAUAUAGGUCGGUCAGUUUUGUGAUUGACAAAGCAUCCUUGGCCACUUUGGCGAAAUCAAAUGGUGUCAUUAACUACGGUUUCUCAGCCAUCACAAUGAGGGUAUAUAAAAAGGACGAGGAGCAAUCCUUACCUAAUGACACAGGUCCAGCAGCACCGCAAGGCACUGUUGAUACCAUAAUGGAAGCGGGCGAUAUUGUAACUGCUACCGCAAACUCAGUGGGCCCAGUAGAAAUACUGCCUACCACUUCUGAUUCAAUAAAUAUGGACGUGACUAUGUCCUCUCCAGCUCCUUCAAUUACAUCUGAAGAGAGUAUUGGUACGCGCUAUCUUUUUGACGAAGAAGAACUUUUGAACUCUGAAAAUGAAUCUGAAGAAGAUAGCGCGCUUGACGUUACAGUGGUGGACACUACCACAUCCAAAACAAAUCAUGAUGCGGGUACUACAAAUUAACCUGCACCACUGCAAGGCUGCGUCCGCCAGCUUGUUGCAAUGCCUCAGCAACAACGAGGCUGAUAUGGUCCUGGUGCAAGAGCCAUGGGUUUUCAAGGAUCUUGUCUGCGGACUCAGGACUAAAAACUUUGACUUAAUGUAUGCGGUAAACAAGGUAUAGUGACAAAGACCUAACCGCAGUAAGUAUUGAGGGACCUUGGGGCCAGAUAUGGGCGGUAUCUGCAUAUAUGGCUCACGAUCACGAAGAGUUGCCAUCAAGUAACCUAAAACAGCUGACAAUUGACGCUAGGAGACUUGGUGCAGAUAUCAUUUUGGGCUGCGACGCAAAUGCUCACCAUGAAAUAUGGGGCAGCUCAAACACGAAUGAACGUGGUGAGUUACUUUUCGAUUUUAUUUUUAGUAAUAAUCUUUUUAUAUGUAAUGACGGUAAUAGGCCGACUUUUGUUACCAAAAACAGGCAGGAGGUUUUAGACAUUACCGUGACUACUGCCAAAAUUCAUGGGUCUAUAAGAAAAUGGAAAGUGUCCACUAGACACUCUUUUUCAGACCAUAUGAUUUUAGAAUUUUCUAUACACUUAAAGAAAUCAAGUACCCCCAGUUUAGAAACUUUCAGAAAUGUCAGGAAUACAAACUGGACAAAGUACAAAUCCUCUAUAAAUGAGCUGUUGACAAACACUACUCUUUAUCCGCCAGAGAAUAUAAAUGAUCUGGACGAGCAGGUAGGAGAUCUUACCUCAAUACUUAAUGAAGCUUUUAACCUUGCCUGUCCUUCAACUCGACCUAGUAGGAAGAGUAACCCACCCUGGUGGAAUAGAAACUUAGGUCAAUUGAGGAAAGAAUGCAGGAGACUUUUUAAUAGGGCAAAGCUAAAUAGAAAUGAGAGUGACUGGUCUGAAUACAAGAUCUCUCUGCAGAAUUAUAAGAAAGAACUACGUAAGUCUAAGAGGACUAGUUGGCAAUCAUAUUGUCAAGAGAUUAGUAGGGACUCUGAAACCUCUAGACUACGCAAAAUCCUAUCUAAAAAUCCAUCUGUCCCUGAGUUGCUAAGAAAACCGGAUGGGACUUGGUCAAAUAACAGUAGGGAGUCACUAGAUUUAUUACUAGAUACCCACUUUCCUGGAUCCUUUGCUUCGACGGAAUCCUCAGAAUGUUUAAACUACGCACCGGUAAACUCUAUCAAGUUAAACCUACAAACUCUAAAAUGGGCCAUUUUUAGCUUUAAGCCAUAUAAAUCACCAGGACCGGAUAGUAUUCAUCCUAUUGAGCUGCAAAACUCUUGGGAUCAAAUACAAAACUGGCUUCUGACCAUUUUUAAAUAUUGUCUCAUUUUUAAUUAUGUUCCAACUCAAUGGAGAAAGGUUAGAGUUGUCUUUAUUCCUAAGGCGGGUAAAACCUCUCAUAGUAACCCUAAUGAACUCCGUCCAAUUAGUCUUUCAUCUUUCAUGCUGAAAGCUUUAGAAAGAAUUAUAGACUUUGAAAUAAGGCGCGUUAUAGAUCCCAAUCUUUGGUCACCGACACAACACGCCUACACUAAGGGUAAAUCCACAGAG